AUGGCUACAAAACAGGCGGUGAUAACUUCUGAUUUCAAUCGUUUCGGUGGCGCUGAGAGGGCGAGUAGUGCACAGAAAUGUCUUUCUAACUGCAAAGCAUGGGCAGUUUUCCAAAAAUUUAAGCGUAGAAUUGAAUUUGCAUUUACAACACUGAAGCCAGUGACUACGAAAGCCACUUCGAUUUUUUGCGUCUUAAGCAAUUUUUACCUUGUCCUGAAUUCCCUUAAAAGGCUUAUCGAAACAGUUUCUGAUUAUGCAGCUGUUUUCAGUCAGAAUUGCAGAAAAUUAGGUUCACUCCUUUUGCUUGCUACUUGCUAUUCAUCUAUCAUGGUUUAUCAAAAUAGAGGGAUAACAACAGGUCAAAAUGGGCCGUCUAAUUGUUUAACCUUGCCAUUGGUUUUCAAUUCAUAUUGGGGAUCAGUUGAACAUACUUUAUAUUGGAAUCAGCGAGAACGAUUGGUCACGCCGCCUCUCCAACCUUCACAUCCACAUGCAGGUGUACUGAUGGCACGCCAAAGUCCAAUUAAAAAUUUAUAUUUUGGCAUUGAAUUUGGAAAUCCUACUAAUAGUUUAAUUUACCUUAGACGGGCAGUCUUUUUCAAUAAACCGUUCACUUGA